AUGACCAACCAAGCUGUUACGUAUGGCCGUGGUGGCGCCGGCAACGUCACCACCAGAAGUAGCCAGUCGCCUUCAUUCGAGCCUCAGACCACUCCGUCGUUGAAAUCCAAGACGUAUACCACGGGCCGAGGCGGAACUGGCAACAUGGCCAAGAAUGACCCUGACCACCCAGAGGAAGCUCGCCGUGCCCAGGAUGUCGAUGUCCCCGUAAUUACAAUUCCGGAGGGUGUCCACCACACCGGUAGAGGUGGUGCUGCCAAUCUAUACAAACCCACUGAUGAUGAACUGCGCGAGGCUCGGGCACACAAUGAAAAGGUUCGAUCCGAAUCGUUCAACAAAGAACGAAGCACUAUCCGGUCACUAGCAGACAAGACAAAGGAGACCUUGACGGGCAAGCAUACCGGCGACAAGUGA